AUGGCAGAAGCUCGCGCCAAAUAUCGCACUGAGAUCACUCAGAUGAUGUUCGUUAGUGGCGAGACGGGAGAUCCAACACCAGAGACAACCACCAUGAUUGAGGGUAUUGUGCAGCAGCAGGUCAUGGAGAUGCUCAAGAGAGCAACAGAACUAGCAGCUCGCCGCGGCGUCAGGACGAUCAGCACAGACGACCUCAUAUUCUUAAUCCGGCAUGACAAAGCAAAGGUCUCACGCCUACGCACAUUCUUAUCCUGGAAGGACGUACGAAAAAGCGCCAAGGACAGCGAUGAGAAAGGUGGCGGUGGCGCGGAUGCUGGAGGCGUGGAGGAUUUCGAUCUGGCCGCAAACGACCCGACUCUAGGCACCGGACCUAACGUCAACACCCGGACAAGCAAGAACAAGAAGGCGAAAGUUGGCCUCCCCUGGGACGUAUCGAGCUUCUACACCGAGCAAGUACCCGAGCGCGAAGACGAAGAAGACGAGGAGGAAGAAGAGAUGAACGCCGCCACCCUCCAACGACUGAAGCAAGCCGACGAGCGAACCAAAGGCAUGAAUGCGGAGGAGUACCUGCACUUCUCCGAAUGUCGGCAGGCGUCCUUCACCUUCCGCAAAGGCAAGCGAUUCAGGGAGUGGGCUGGUUUUGGCGUGGUGACCGACUCGAAACCGAAUGACGAUAUUGUCGACAUUCUCGGCUUUUUGACGUACGAGAUAGUGACUCUGCUUACUGAGGAGGCCUUGAAAGUGAAGGCCACUGAGGAUGCAUUGAAGAGAGAGAGUGGUGGCGAUGAAGAGAAGAGAGGCAGAAAGCGGAGACGUGAGCCUGGACUGUUCGACCCACCUGAGGAAGCGAGGACACCGGUUUCGGCGAAGCACAUUCAGGAGGCUUUCCGAAGAUUGCAAAGACCAGACUUGAAGGCCAACUACAUGAAGCACAUUCCCAAAGGAACGUGGCAGAGACCGCUGAAGCUGAUCUGA